GAGCGCGGCCCCUUUAAGAGCCCGGCUUUGCCUCCCGGUAGCUGAAGGUCAUUAAAACACAAAAGCGCUCCAGCGCUGCGGUCCAAUAUAGCGCAUGCGCCCUGCCCGAGGACUGGCAGGGAGACGGCAAUAUGGCGAGAAUGCCUGGCAGCGGCGGCGGAGAGUGGAGCGGCGGCGGGGGAGGCGGAGGCGGCGGUGGGAACAAUGCGGGGGACCGGCCGCCCGGCCGCGGCGUCGCCCCCCGCCCGCACCGCUACUGCAGCGCCGGCGAGGAGGAGGAGGGCGAGGAGGAGGAUGAGAUCCAGGAGGUGCAGAUAACGGGGUACGAGGAGGAGGAGGAGGAGGAGGACGGAGCCGAUGGGGGGCUGCUGCUGGACGAGGAGGAGGAGGAGGAGGAAGAGGACAUGGGUCUGGAGUGGGACGGCGAGGAGGAGACGGAGCCGCUGCCGCCCGCCCCGGGCCGUACGCCGGGCGGCAGCGGCGUCGGCGUCGGGGCGGCCCCGGGGGGCGCUGCGGCGGCUGCCCCGGGGGGCGGCGGCGGCGGCGGCCCCGGGGGGACGGUGGAGGACGCGGAGCUGGAGGCGGCCCUGCUGCUGCAGCGGCCGGAGCGGGCGCGGCUGAGCGAGAACACGCGGCUGGCCACCCGCUACGCCGUGCGCAUCUUCCGCGAGUACCUGAGCGAGAAGGCGCAGAGCCCCGACUUCGAGACGAUGGACAAGGGGGCGCUCUGCCGGGUCCUGCGCUCCUUCUACGCCGAGGCGCGCUCCAAGAGCGGGCAGCUCUACUCCAAGUCCUCCCUCAUCAGCAUCCGCAGCUCCCUCAACCGCUACCUCAACGAGCCGCCCUACUGCCGCACCCUCGACCUCACCAAGGACCCCGAGCUCCGCGCCGCCAACCUCACCCUGGCCGCCGUCAUCCGCAAGCUGGAGGAGCAGGGCGCUGGGCCGGUGGUGCAGAAGCAGGCCAUCACCCGCGCCGACCUCCGCAAGCUCUACACCUGCAGCGUCUUCAGCACCCAGAGCCCCUUCGGGCUCCUCAACAAGGUCUGGUUCGAGACCUGCAUGUACUUUUGCACCCGGGGCCGGGAGAACCAGCGGGAGCUGGAGGAGGACUCCUUCGGGCUGGCCGUGGAUGAGGAUGGGCGCAAGUUUGUCUACUUCAAGGCGCUGGGGCCCUACCACAAGUCGCGCUCGUCCUCCUGGAGCAAGAAGCGGGCGGAAAGCAGCGACGAGGAGAACCUGCCCCGAAUGUAUGAGACUGGGACUGAGUUCUGCCCCUAUGCCAGCUUUGUCAAGUACCUCUCCAAGCGCAACCCCCUCUGCAAGGCCUUCUUCCAGCGCCCACGGGACCACUGCAGUGAGGGCGAUAUCACCUGGUACGAGAACAAGGCCAUCGGCAAGAACCUCCUGGGCACCCGCAUGCAGAUGCUCUCCAAGGCAGCCAAGCUCUCCAAGACCUACACCAACCACUGCAUCGGCGCUGUCUCCAUCGCUACCCUCAACAGCAUCGCUGGCAUCGGCACCAAGCUGGAGGGACCACAGCCACCACACCACCACCCCCCUCACCACCACCACCACCACCACCUCCUCCACCACCCCACCGGCGGGGGCUGCUACACCCCUGCUGCCCUGAAUGGUGGACCACGGGCCCGGCCACCCGCCACCAACCCCUAUGUGCUGCCCAAAGACGGUGACGCUGCGCCAGUGAAGGCAGAAGUGGCCGCGGUGGCCCCGGCCAAGCGGGCACUCUACGAGGCAGUGUUCCCGGCGGGGGCCGCAGCCGGUGGUGACGCAUGCGGACCCUCCGCCUCCCCCAAAAGAUUCUGCCGCCGCCCCGCUGAGCCCCUGGACGCUGCCGCGCCUGCCGUGGUGGUGGUCUCAGUGAAACACGACCCCCUGCCUCACCUCCUCCCCGAAGCCAAUGGGCACAGAAGCACCACCUCACCCACAGUAGUUUCACCUGCUAUUGUUUCCCCCACACAGGACAGUCGGCCCAAUAUGUCAAGACCUCUCAUCACUAGAUCCCCUGCAUCUCCAUUGAACAAUCAAGGCAUCCCCACUCCAGCACAGCUCACAAAAUCCAACGCACCAGUUCACAUUGAUGUGGGUGGGCACAUGUAUACCAGCAGCUUGGCCACGCUUACAAAAUACCCCGAUUCCAGAAUCGGACGGCUUUUCGAUGGCACGGAGCCCAUUGUCCUCGACAGUCUCAAGCAGCAUUAUUUCAUUGACAGGGAUGGGCAGAUGUUCAGAUAUAUCUUGAAUUUUUUAAGGACAUCAAAACUCCUCAUACCUGAUGAUUUCAAGGACUACAGUUUGUUAUAUGAAGAAGCAAAGUAUUUCCAGCUUCAGCCCAUGCUAGGAGAGAUGGAAAGGUGGAAACAGGACCGGGAGAGUGGCCGCUUCUCAAAGUCUUGUGAGUGCCUGGUGGUGCGAGUUGCCCCAGAUCUUGGAGAGAGGAUUACGCUGAGUGGUGAUAAGUCAUUGAUAGAAGAAGUGUUUCCAGAAAUCGGUGAUGUGAUGUGUAAUUCUGUCAAUGCCGGCUGGAAUCAUGACUCGACGCAUGUCAUCCGAUUUCCACUGAACGGAUACUGUCACCUCAACUCAGUUCAGGUACUUGAGAGGUUACAGCAAAGAGGGUUUGAGAUUGUUGGCUCAUGUGGAGGUGGCGUGGACUCUUCCCAAUUCAGUGAAUACGUACUGAGACGAGAACUCAGAAGGACAUCUCGUGCACCCUCUGUCAUUCGAAUAAAGCAAGAGCCUCUGGACUAAAAUGGACAUGUUUCUUUAUGACGAAAAAAAAAGGAAAAGAGAAAAAAAGGGGGACGUUUCAUGUGCAGUUUGGACUCCAAACAAAUCCUGGAACUAAAAUUGAAUAAAAGACACAUUUAUAUCAAAUAUAGAGACCACACCUGAAUUCAUAUGGGAACAUUUGGAAUAGUAGUAAUAAUAAUAAUAACCUCAAGGUAUAAAAGAAAAGACACACACACACACACAUAUAUAUUAAAAAUAUGUAUGUAUAUGUAUGUAUGUACAUAUAUAUAUGUAUAUAUAUGUCAAAGGGUAGGAAAUGCAACAACAAAACAGUGGUAGAUGAGGUUGGUGCUCUGAUGGCCAUUAAGUGUCCUAGGCCUUACUGGGGCCCACUUAACGGUGUACAAGCCAUUACCAUUGGGGGAUACAUCGACUACUCUUCACCCAUUUUCCAUUGCCAAACAGCCAUCCACUUUUUAAUGUGUACACACCUUGACUCAACUUUAUUUGCAUAUGGAGGUUUAUGGUCUUUUUUAGAGGUGGAUGGGCAGGUGUUCAGGAGACGACCAUCCAUUGCAUUGGAAAGCUAGUUGACUGAAAUUUUUAAUGUAGUUUGUACAGAAGUCGCACACUUUUUGUCUGCCCUCACAGAUGUGAAAGGUUAACUUUUCUUUUGAAUGAGGAUUUUUGUCGUUUUUGUUUUGUUUUGUGUUUUUUCAAAGGGGGCCAGAAUAAUUAAUAUUUGGUAGAGAUGCUCUGGUUUGAAUCUGCUGCUUUCCUACAAUUUUUUCAAAUUUUAUAAUGUAUUAAAUAACAAUAAACUCUGUUUAAAAUACUGAGGGUCUGAUUUAAGCCAACAGGAGCAGAGAGGUGGGAUUUAGCUCACUGCACUCCAGUGCACGGAGUGGCGGCCACUCCGGCAGGCAGUGGGCAGGCAGCGCUGCCCACACACGGUGGAGUGAGUUAAAGGCAGCAGACACCGUUGCGCAAUCUGUCUGGUGUGCUGCACGUUGCUGGUCUUCCUUCAGCGCUAUCCUUUUUAAGCUUUGUCCCUGUUUGAAGAGGGGCUGUUGGUCAGGCUUAAAAAUGACACCAGCUCAGCCCAGGGAAACCUGUCAAAAAAUGGCACCUGGUUCUGUAACCUUCAAUGUCACAGUGAAUAGUUGCAUCCUUCCCUCUUGACUAAGGAGUUGGCAGCUCCAACUCUCCAAGCCCUUGCCCUACUGUGUGUUAGUCAGCCUGUUUGUUUUUAAUGUCGUUUAUUUCCCUUCUAAAGCUAGUGUUGUUCUGCCUAGAGAGUGAGAUGGUCAACCCCUUGUGCUACACCAUUGGCUGCAUUGCUCUUGGUAGCAGGCAGUAAGCUGAUGUCCUGCAUUAGAUGUCCUGCGAGUUGUUCUCUUGCAGAGUCUUACUGAGGCCACCUCUGCAGCUUGGUUCGGGCCGGUGAGAUUUUGCAAAGGCGCCACAUCAUGAUAACACUGCACAGAUUUGUUCACGGGUUGAUGCUUUCACCACCUAAGAUGCACCAGCAACUGCCACCUUUCCUCCAAAGUAUCUUUUUAUGCAAUAUUCCAGAAUAUGACUGUGUAUUCAUCCUAGUAUGGAAGUUUCUAUCAACGCAAUGGUGCCAGUGUUCCAUUCAUUUUGGUGACACUUUGCUAUUUAUUUAAGAAAAGAAAAAAGAGAAAUUGUUAAAUACAUGUAACAAGGUUUUUAAUAUAGUCUGAUAACGAAAAAAAAAAAAGCUUUCUGUUUUUUAUUAAAAGAUGCCCUCUGACAUCUUUUAAUAACUUUCUGCCAGCACAUAUCAAUGGUUUUGAAAUUACUGAAAUGUGGAAAUGGGUGAGGGAGGGGGCUCUGAAAAUUAAGGUUCAUUAGCAGGUUAUUAGAUCUUCAAUGUGAUGCUGAUCUGUCUAUUCACAGUACUGAAACAGCUGCCUCAUUGAAAAUGCUUGUUUUCAAUUAGCAGCAAGUAGUCCUCUUAGAAAAUAAACAAAUGCUUGCUCUUACUGCCCACAAUUUGGUUGUUAGUUUGCAAAGAAUUUGGAAAGCUAAAACCCUGGGAAAUAAAUAUUUUUAACAGAUCUUCAAACUCUUGGAAGUGGUAUGAAAUUUGUGAUGUCAAAAAAGAUGCCAGUCCCCAUGGGUUGAGGGUAUGUGGGUACCAGUGUAAGGCGACGUGAUGUUUCAGAGACUGUUUGCUGCAGAAACCCUCCCUGUGCUUCCAGGUGGAGCCUCACUUUCUGGGACCUCCACAGUGUACCUGGGGAUAUGUUUACACUGUCUGUUAAGCCCAAAGGUACUCUCACGUCCAGACCUGUCCUGCAAGCCACGGUGUUUAUGUACAGGCAUAUGCCCCGGUGCAGGCUGGAGCCAGGGGUGCUGCAGCUCCGCUCCCUGCUGCUUGGCCAGCAGGUACCCCAAGCUGCCUGGCCAGGAGCAUCAGCAGCCUCAAGAUUUGUCCCCCGGCACUGGCAGUGCCCACACCACCCACAGCCUUUGCGUAGGCUGGGUGUGGAGGCCAAGGAACUUUGCCGCUAAUGCUUUUUGUUGUGUUGCUCCCAAAGCCAGCAGGUUGUGCUCAGCUGGUGGUUUUGCUUGCCCAGCGCAUACCCCUCUGACUCAACGACACCGAGGAUACCUCUGUGCUCCUCCCAAGUCCCCAGCUGGCUGACCACCCUCCCACCGAGCCUGCGUUCGUUGUUGAUGGAGUCAAAAAAUCACUUCGAGACCCCGAAUGUAAAUGUCUCUGCCAUUAUGAUGUAGUCAUGGAGUAAGAGGUCAUGAAUAAACAAAGCAAUGGCUGAUGAAAAAUAUAUGCAGGAAUAAGCUAGAUGUAGAUUUUUAGAGAGCAAAUGAGAUUAGUCCUGUUUGCAACUGAGGCUUGUAACCGUGUGUUUUUAAAAUGUUCUUUAGAAAAGCUGAUCAGCAGACAAAUGAGCAAUAUAUCCAGGAAGGGGAGAGUGGGGAGAACCAAGAAGGACCAGAUUAUGGUCAGCUCGUUUCUGGAGGUUAGUAAUUUUGACAUGUACAAUAGCUUAAAUUUAUCUAAUUUUGUAUUAAAAAGUAUGACUGCAUUUCAUGCUAUCAGUGGUACUGUAUUUAAUAACAAGAGGAAGAGCUGCAGUGAACAGUAGCUGCCAAUAUUGUACUUCAGCAACUUGGUUAAGCCGAUGCCAGGAGAGCUGCUGUGGACAUGCAGAGAUUGCAGAUGCCACCUAACACCCCUUCCCACAACGAGACGCAGGCAGAGGACCUGGGUCUUCACCUUUUCUUUUGGUAAUGUGAACACUGGAUUGCUGUAAUAACCGCGAUCCCAGGGUUUAGUUCUUCCUCUGUCGCCUCCCUAGUGUACCAAACAGCUACAUAAUGUAAGUAUGGAUCCUGGCACGCUUGGAUGAACCUUUGAACAGCGGGUGUCCCAUUGAAGACUGAGUUAAUUUACCCUGUGCUAGAGAAGGUGAAGUCCUGCUUAGUCACUAGGUUAAUCUGUCUUUCCAGAAGCACUACUUGUAAGUAUAUGCUGAUGAUUUAUUCUUUCUCCAGGUAGUCUGGCCCGGUGAAUGUUUUUCCUCUUCAUUGCCACGUGUCCAGAAGAAAACUGAUCAUUUCAUUGCUUAACUGGCACAAGCAGGUGCUUGUGAUGUUUUGAUGCUUUUUGAUACCCAGUAGAAUCCAUGACGAAAUCCAGUGGGGACAACGUACUACCCUCUGAAAACAUGAAAGUUGAGCCACCCAUUCAGUUAUUUUUCUUUAUGCUAAACAGACACUCAUUUCAAUUUGAAGAGAAACAUUUUGUUCGUGAGUGUAAUUUUUUGCAGCAACCUUUAAAAAUUGAUUGCUAUACUAAUUACAGGGUUUUUACUGUCACCCAAAUGACUUGUCAAGUGUUAUUUUUCUUUAAUGUUCAAUUUUUUUGGGGACUUGGGGAAGGAAGGGUUUGAUUUUGGGGGGUGAGAAAAGAAUUUUUAUUGACCAAUGGUCGGUUUUUCAGAGAAAUAAAAACAUUUAUUUCCAUCUGUCA